AUGGAGCAUCUUAACAAAGGGGCAUGGACCAAAGAAGAAGACGAGAUUCUCACGAAGCAUAUCACUGAGCAUCUUCCUAGAGCUGCUGGUUUGUUGAGAUGCGGCAAAAGCUUCCGGCUUAGAUGGAUCAACUACCUCAAGCCUGAUAUCAAGAGAGGAAGUUUCACCAGGGAAGAAACUGCAGCCAUCAUCGACCUCCAUCGUUUGCUCGGCAACAAAUGGGCUCUUAUUGCUGCCCAAUUGCCCGGGAAAACGGACAACGAUAUCAAGAACUACUGGAACACUCAUGUUAGACGGAUGCUCAUCGGCCGUGGCAUCGACCCUCAAACCCACAUAAACCUCAAUCUUUUUCUCUUUGUUAUUCAUGAUGAGUUCAUAGUUAACCUUGCGAUUUAG